AUGAGCUUGCUCGUCGAGGCGAUAGACUUUGGCACAACAUAUUCUGGCUGGGCUUUCUCCUUCCUGAAUGAUUUUUUAUUGGAUCCUACUAAAGCGUCUGUCAAGCAAUGGUACUCUAGUGGAACUCUAGUUACAGAAAAAGCACCAACGUGUUUGUUGAUAAAGUCAGAUGGAAAGACUUUUGAAGAGUUUGGAUAUGAUGCUGAAAACCAAUUCAGGGAACUUGCAGACAAUAAAAUGCAUGAAGAGUUUUAUUACUUCAUAAGAUUUAAAAUGGCACUUAAUAAAAAGCUUGGUGAGAAACUGGACCGCGGCACGACAAUAGAAGAUGAGAUGGGAAAGUCGAUGAUUGCGUUAAACGUGUUUGCCAUGGCAAUCGAAUAUCUAGUAGGAGAUAUGAUGAAGAGUGUAAAUGAUAAACUUACAAAUCCUUUAAAAAAAGAUGAUGUUCAUUGGGUACUUACUGUUCCGGCAAUAUGGACAGAUGCUGCAAAACAAUUUAUGAGAGAGGCCGCGGUACAGGCUGGACUGUUAACAAACAAAUUGACGAUUGCACUGGAACCAGAAGCGGCAUCGAUAUUUUGCCGCCAUUUAUCGGUGGAUACAGCUAUUUCUGGUGGAAGUCUUUCAAUAGCGAAGAUGCCUGUCGGUACCAGAUACAUGGUUCUCGAUGCAGGAGGCGGAACAAUAGAUAUAACGGUACACGAGGUUGUCAGCGAGCACAGCGUCAAAGAAAUCCAGUCAGCAAGUGGUGGUGGGUGGGGAGGUAUAUUAGUUGACAAAGCUUUUGAAAACCUGCUUAUUGAUCUGGCUGGACCCGAUGUUUAUGAUGCCUUUAAACGAACUGAGACAGAAGACUGGCUUGACCUCUGGCGUGAUUUUGAAGUAAAAAAGCGAGCUGUUGCACCGGAUAAAAAUGCUCGUGUUGGUAUGAGAUUUCCUCUUUCGUUCAGCAAAACCUUUAAAAGAAUCACUAAAGGAAAGCUGUUGGGUGCCAUAGAAGCUUCAAAGUAUGCAAGUGAUAUUGAGUUUAGCGGAGACAAGAUAAAAUUUUCCGCAAUUCUCUUUAAAAGCAUGUUUGAACAUUCCGUCGGAAAAACCAUCAAGCAUGUGACAAGUCUACUUCGAGAUGAAAACAUUAGGAAGAUAAAAACAAUUUUAAUGGUAGGUGGAUACUCCGAGUCUUCUAUGCUGCAGCACGCAAUUAAAAAAGCGUUAACAGGACAAGAUGUUGUUAUACCAAUUAGUGCAUCUUGUACCAUUCUUAUUUAUGAAUUCCAAAGUAAAGUAGUUUUUGAAAUUUUCGCCACAGAGCAAUGCAAUCCAAGAUAUACGACAGAAUGUUCGCUUAUUGGAAAAUUGGAAAUUGAUCUUCCGGAACCAGAGAAGCAGCCUGGAAGAGGAAUCAUCGUGUCUAUGACUUUUAGUGGUACAGAGAUUAUCGUGAAAGCAGUGGAUAAGAAAACAGGCAAGGACUCGAGCGUUUUCAUCAACUUCCUUGGAUAA